AUGGUUUCGACCGGGACACUUCUCUCUUAUUUCAAGGCUGCGCAUCCCCAAAAGAUAUUUGUCCAAGUAUUGAGUACACUAGAUGCUGCUGCCAACAUGUAUCUAUUUUUCUAUUUCUCAUUGAUCAUCUCACUACUUGAGGCCUCUUGGGCCCAGAACACUCCCCGGCAGGUUGUGUGGGGGUCAGUCGUCUUUACAAGAUACGGAGAAAGUGUGCCUUAUGGCUUGCCCGCAGCCGGGACUCUUACACCCCUCGGUGCUCAACAGUUAGCUGGGGCCGGUUCUGCGUUUAGACGCCGUUACAUUAUGCCGAGCUCAAACCCCAGCCUAUCCUUGUCUAGGAUCCAAGGCUUGUCGGUCUCGUUGGAAAAUAGUCAGGUUAGCGUUUCUACGGUGUCCGCCGAAAAUAUGGUCGCGUCUGCCCAAGCGUUUAUGCAGGGCCUUUACCCUCCAUCCCUGGCCGUUAGACUCCCGAGUAAUAUGGCAGAGGUCAAUGGCAGCCUGGUUGACUGUCCAUUAAACGGGUACCAAUAUCCACUCAUCUCGACCUAUAGCUUCGAUGACCCUACGUCCGCCUAUAUUUCUGGGAAUAUGCAUUGCCCACUACAUUUGGCUGGAGUUUUGAACUUCUUCUUCACUCCAGAGUACAAGAAGAUUAUUGAACAAGCCGACUCGUUCUAUAAAGAUUUAUAUCCACAGUUGCUGUUCAACGUUUACGACCGCAGCAUGUUAAGCCUACUCAAUGCACCUAUGAUUUACGAGUAUCUUAGCUACCAGUACCUCCACAACUCAACCGCCCGAGGCACAAUUUCUAGUGCUGAUAUAGGCCAAGCACGCCACCUCGCAAACCAAUGGGCGCAUGCUACUUCGAGGGGUGAAGACAACAUCUUGGGUAGGAAUGGACUUCUUGCCAUCGGGGGCAAAACAUUGGCUCAUAUGGUCUUGCAUGCGCUCAGGGAUAAUGAGGCCACGAAAGGUGCAUCUAAUAAAUUGUCUCUAAUUUUUGGAGGGCACGAGUCCAUGAUGGCCUUCAUAAACGUUGCCGUUUCACCUUAA